AUGCCCAGAAAAGGAAUGAGAAGCGUCUUCUUCAGGCCCUCACCUUCAUGCACCCUCUCUGAUUCGUUAAUGGACGAGAAUAUUGAGAUCGCACGCUCUCUUAUUACCAAAUGGGAUUUUGAAAACUCCCCUUCUCACGCCGGAACAACUCUUUUCAUCGGUGACCGCCGAGAAGCGAGACAAUACAUCGACGCUGUCAAGCGCCUACAAGCUGCUAUGCAGUACCUCAUCGCACAGGAUUCCACCUCCCAGAAGCUCGUGCAAGCUCAGCUCCUCAUGCAACUUGCCAUGAAGAAGCUUGACCACGAGUUUCAUCAUAUAUUAGCGGCAAACCGGGACCAUAUGGACGCUGAAUCCGUGUCGAGUCGGUCCUUCACGUCGGACUCGAGGACAAGCAUUUCUGAUUUUGACGAGGAACUAUUAUCCUCGGAGGAUGAUUUUCGUUUUGCUGGCGGCGAUCCCAUCACGGAGACGGAGAGAGUGUCUAUGCUGGCAAUGGCAGAUUUGAGAGUGAUUGCGGAUUGUAUGUUUUCAUCCGGGUACGGUAAAGAGUGUAUCAGCAUUUACAAAAUUAUGAGGAAAUCGAUCGUGGAUGAAGCGUUGCGUCAUCUUGGAAUGGAAAGUUUGAGUUCAUCUCAGAUCAAGAAAAUGGAUUGGCAAGUGCUCGACUGGAAGAUUAAGAAUUGGAUGAACGCAAUCCGAGUGGCCGUCAGAACUCUGUUUUACAGUGAGCGAAUCCUCUGCGACCAUGUCUUCCCGAGAUCAGAGAAAAUGAAAGAGGUCUGUUUUGCGGAGAUUGCUCGAGACAGCGCCACGUUUCUGUUAAGAUUUCCAGAACUCGUCGCCAAGUGCAAGAAAACCCCCGAGAAGAUAUUCAGGACUCUGGACUUGUACGAAGCAAUCAGCGAUCAUUUGCCUGAAAUUCAAUCCAUCUUCUCGUUCCAAUCAACCUCCGUCGUCCGCUCACAGGCCGUUAGCUCUCUAGAUAUGCUUGGCCAAUCCGUCCGUACGAUGCUCUCCGACUUCGAAACUGCGAUUCACAAAGAAUGCUCCAAGAAGCCGGUGCCAGGUGGUGGGGUCCACCCGCUCACGAGGUACGUCAUGAACUACAUCACAUUCCUCAACGACUACAGCCGUGUGCUCGUCGAUAUAGUCGCCGAUUGGCCGCUACCAUUUCAGUCUCCAUUGCCGGAGUCUUGUUUACCGAAUUCCAACCUGUCAGAAAACGAGUCAUCGGCGGUGACGGUGCGAAUAGCUUGGGUGAUAAUCGUCCUCCUCAGCAAACUCGACGGCAAAGCAGAAUAUUACAAGGACGACGCGCUUUCGUACCUGUUCCUCGCUAACAACCUCCAAUACAUCGUCAGGAAGGUUCGCACUUCAAGUCUUAGAAUUCUCCUGGGGGGUGAGUGGUUGGAGGGUCACGAAUCAAGGAUCAAAGAGUACGUGUCAAAGUAUGAGCGUAUGGGUUGGAGCAGGGUGUUGACGUCACUACCGGAAAAUCCUACUGUAGAGGUACCGCCUGAGAAAGCGAGGACCUGGGUGAGGAGCUUCAACGUCGCGUUUCAUGAAGCUUACAGGAAACAAAGGUCGUGGAUAGUGUCAGACCCAAAGCUACGAGACGAGAUCGAACGUUCGAUAACGUCAAAGCUGAUGCCGCGGUACAGGGAAUUGUAUGAUAAGUAUCGGGUCGGGUUGACAGGGGGCAGAGAGUCGGAUUCAAUUAGAUUAUCGCCCGAUGACCUGGAGAAUUAUUUGUCAGGCAUAUUGCAUGGGAAGAGAGAUUUCGUCACAUUCUCGUCGUCUCUCCAAUCGUUCAUGAAGUAAGUGGCCACCAACUCGCGUGGAAACGGCAUGGAGGACCUCGAUCUUAUAGUCGAGUGAUCUCGCGCGGACUGUGUACAUUGGA